AGGAGACAACGCCAUUUUUUCGUUGGGGGAGCAGAGAGGCGGAUACCGGCUGAGCAGCUGCAGGAGGAGGAUGCGCCCCGGCACCGCGGCUGUCAGCUAGGAGAGGCCCGGCCCGGUGAUACCCCGGAUACCGCAGCCGUCACCAGUGAAGAGCGCUGACACUGACCGCUGAACGAAUGUAUGACAACAUGUCCACGAUGGUGUUUCUGAAGGAAGAUAAGUUGGAGAAACUCACCCAAGAUGAGAUCAUUUCCAAGACCAAGCAGGUGAUCCAAGGCUUAGAGGCCUUGAAAAAUGAGCACAACUCCAUCCUGCAGAGCCUACUGGAAACCCUGAAGUGCUUGAAGAAAGAUGACGAGAGCAACCUGGUGGAAGAGAAAUCCAACAUGAUCCGCAAGUCUCUGGAGAUGCUGGAGCUGGGGUUAAGCGAAGCACAGGUUAUGAUGGCCUUAUCGAACCACUUGAACGCAGUCGAGUCUGAGAAACAGAAACUGAGAGCCCAGGUCCGACGGCUGUGCCAGGAAAAUCAGUGGCUGCGGGACGAGCUGGCCAACACCCAGCAGAAGCUUCAGCGCAGCGAACAGUCCGUGGCCCAACUGGAGGAGGAGAAGAAGCAUCUCGAGUUUAUGAAUCAGCUGAAAAAAUAUGAUGACGAUAUCUCUCCAUCGGAUGAUAAAGACAGUGACUCCUCUAAGGAACCUCUGGAUGACCUCUUCCCUAACGAUGACGACGAUCAAGGCCCAGGAAUACAACAGCCCCACAGCAGUGCGGCUGCUGCUGCCCAGCAGGGUGGCUAUGAAAUCCCAGCACGAUUAAGGACCCUCCAUAAUCUGGUGAUCCAGUAUGCAUCCCAGGGCAGGUAUGAAGUGGCUGUGCCUCUUUGCAAGCAAGCUCUUGAAGACCUGGAGAAAACUUCUGGCCAUGACCAUCCAGACGUGGCCACAAUGCUUAACAUACUGGCUCUGGUAUACAGGGACCAGAACAAAUACAAAGAUGCCGCCAACCUGUUAAAUGACGCUUUAGCCAUACGCGAGAAGACCUUAGGAAAAGAUCACCCAGCGGUUGCGGCCACCCUUAAUAACCUUGCCGUGCUGUAUGGAAAGCGGGGGAAGUACAAGGAAGCCGAACCAUUAUGUAAGAGGGCCUUGGAGAUCCGAGAAAAAGUGCUGGGUAAAGACCACCCUGAUGUAGCAAAGCAACUGAACAACCUGGCAUUGCUGUGUCAGAACCAAGGCAAAUAUGAAGAAGUGGAAUAUUACUACCAGAGAGCACUGGAGAUCUAUCAGACCAAACUGGGACCAGACGAUCCCAACGUGGCAAAGACUAAGAAUAAUCUGGCUUCCUGCUAUCUGAAACAAGGCAAGUUUAAGCAGGCGGAGACUUUAUACAAGGAGAUCCUGACACGAGCACAUGAAAGGGAAUUUGGGUCUGUGGACGAUGAAAAUAAACCCAUCUGGAUGCACGCUGAAGAGAGAGAAAAAUUCAAAGGGAAACAAAAGGACGGCACAUUUGGAGAAUAUGGAGGCUGGUAUAAAGCAUGCAAAGUUGACAGCCCAACAGUGACCACAACGCUGAAAAAUCUUGGAGCACUUUAUAGACGUCAGGGCAAGUUUGAAGCAGCCGAAACACUAGAAGAAGCUGCAAUGAGGUCACGGAAGCAGGGUCCUGUCUCGCAGGGACUAGACAAUGUCCACAAGCAGCGAGUGGCCGAAGUGUUAAACGACCCAGAAAGCAUCGAGAAAAGGAGGAGCCGAGAAAGCCUGGAUGUGGUAAAGUACGAGAGCGGUCCUGACGGAGGGGAGGAAGUGAGUAUGAGCGUAGAGUGGAACGGGGACGGCACUGGAUCUUUAAAACGCAGCGGUUCCUUUAGCAAACUCCGAGCUUCCAUACGACGCAGCAGCGAGAAGCUGGUCAGGAAGCUGAAAGGAGGCAGCUCACGAGAUGGUGAACCAAAGAAUCCUGGCAUGAAGCGUGCCAGUUCUCUGAAUGUUCUUAACACGGGCGGCAAAGCUGCUGAGGACCACAUGCAAGAACGAAAUAAUUGUCUGACAGAAGUCCGAGGUUUGAGCGCUAGUCACACUGACCUGGCUCAUUGAGCUGAGCAUGGGGGCUAGCCACCACGAAGAACGCACUGAGACUAAGCUUCCCCCCCCCUCCCUGUACGAGAAGCUUAUUCCCGUCUGAUAAUGGAUUGAUGUUACUUUUUUUUUUUUAAAAGGACAAAAAAUAGAUUUUUAAAUUAGUAUAAUUUUUAGGUGUUUUAUUUUUAUUUUUUUUCCUUUUUAAACGGAACCUCUUAUUUAUAGGUGUGUAUGAUGUGUAUAUAUAUAAUUUGCUGCUUGCACUGUUGUCUGUAGAAAUAUAAUAUAUAAAAUGCGAAAACGCAGAAGUGGGUCACUGUUACAGCAGCCACACGAUAGGCUGAAGACCUGUUGGCUUUUGGUCGUGUUCAUGGGGUUGGGGAAAGCGUUUAAAGGGUCUGUUCACACAUCAGAAUUUGCCGCUGAACGGUGGCCAGUGGUUUUAAAGAGAAUCUGUCAUCAUGAUCAACUGUUAGCAUGCUGCCUGGUAGGGUUGACGAUGCUGAUUAGAACGAUACCUUUGUUAUGUCUGUAGGUAGAACCGUUGCUGAGAUACUGAGAUAUCGGUGUUUUAGUAACAUGCAGAUGAGCUGGUUGAGCAGCGAGGGGGCGGCCCGAGCCCUUGGAGCACUGCUUUUGUAACAUCCCUCUGAUCUGGACAUUCCUCCCCUGCUCCCCUGGCUUGUCUAGCCCCGUCAAUCAAGGGGGAGAGAGGAGUGUCCAGAUCAGAGGGAUGUUACAAACGUAGUGCUCCAAGGGCUCUGGCCGGCCUCUUGGUGCUGAAACCAGUCUAUUUGCAUAUGACUAAACACGCAGAUAUCUCCGCAACGGUCUUACCUACAGACAUAACAAAGGUAUAGUUCUAAUCGGCAUCAUCAACUGGUUGAAGUGGAUUGAUCAUGCUGACGGGUGCUUUUUAAAGUUGCGACUGCACAGGGAAGGGACAUAUUCCUUCUUGGCAUGGUGUCCGGAAGGACGCUGCUGGAAGCCACAUCGGGUGGCCGCUCGUGGUUUAACAGCAUUAAAUGGGGCUAAACUGCGAGCAGAUGUGCAUUUAAAGUUAUAAAACCACGGAAUAUGUGGCAGGUUUUGACGGCGUCAAAAUCUUCUGUGUGAACAUGCCCUGUCACCAGCAGCUAGUUGUGCCUAUUGCAAAAAAUCAUACUCUCCUGCUCUUUGAUACUCGGUUCAGUAAUCUCCCAGUAUGUAAUCUUCUGGACCGGAUCACGUGCACUGCUGUAGCCGGUCACUGGCCUCAGUGGUGACAUGUUCCCAAGCAGCACGCGACCCUGCUGCGAUGUGCCCCUUGAGGACAUGUCACUGCUGAGGCCAAUCAUUGGCUGCAGCAGCGCACGUAAGUUUACAGGCCGGGAUAGGACCUUCACCAAACAGAGCAUCACUUGAGUAUGAUUUUAUUUCAUAGGGGUACAACAUGCUGCUGGAGGAAAUUCCAAAAGCCUGGACAACCCCUUUUAAAGGGGUUGUUCAUCUUUGGAGGACCUUUCGAGCAGACCCCCCCCCCAGUGGCCAGACCUAUAGAGGGGAAAAGCAUACUUACAUGAUCCCCGCUGAUGGGUUCUGGCUCCCAGCGUAUAAACAUCCAGUUUGCCGCUGCUGCAGUAGUGACCUUCUCCCAUUGUGUCGCAUCAAUGGGUCACGUGACACAAGGGGGCAAGUCAUUGCUGCAAUGGCGCCAAACUGGAUGUUGAUAAUCGCGGGCAGAACCCAUUGGUGAGGAGCGUGUAAGUAUUCUCCCCUCUACAGGUCUGGCCACGAGGUGGUGGUUGGGGGUCUACCCAAAAGGCCCUCGAAGAUGAACAACCCCUUUAAGGGGCGGCUCAUGAACAAUAUUUAUCACUUCUCCACAGGAUAAGGUGAUAACUGUAUGAUCGCUGGGGUCCAACCACUAUGACCCCAAUGGAUUGCGAGAAUGGGUGUCCCCUGUGUGAAGAGAACGGUGGCAUGAAUGCGUGACCACGGCUUCAUUCACUAUCUUGAGGACGGCUGAGUACAGUAUUUGCCUGUGUCCAUCAGUCCUGUAGGAGUGAACGGAGAGGUGGUCGCACAUGCACACUCCUGCUCCAUUUACCCAGGGACCCGUGACCUCUGCAUUCUGGUGAUUUGUGGAGGUCGCCAAGCCCCCAGCUUUCGUAAAUUUAUCAUCAUGGGUGAUAGAUGUUAUCGGUUACGUUUAACCCUUUUAAGUUACAAGAAAGACCACUUUGGGGCGGGGAGUGAAUACUUUAUAUUGUAAAUAACUGUUUACAUUGCCCGGACAGGGACUGCACACGUCUUUACUUGAUGAACCAUGGACCACCAUCAAUAUGUUCUAAUAAAUCUGUUACCUUCCAUUGA